AUGGUAUCAGCAAAAAUAACAGUUACAUAUAGUGAUAAUUUUAAUCUUUGGUUAUCUAUUUAUCCUAAAUUACAAAACCAUUUACCUUUAAAGAAUAUAUAUUGGAAAUGUAGUAAUGGAAUAGUUAAAUAUAUUGAUAAUCUUGAAAUUAAUAUAAAGCCAUAUCAUCAAAUAAAUUCAGAGGGAAAGCCUCAUCAGUUACCUGGUCUUUUGGAUAGUCCUUAUUUAAAUAUAUUUUUGGUAAAAUGUGAAGACAUUGAUGUAUAUCGUAGUCACAUCCGUUCAAUGAUUCGUUCUUGGUAUAACACAGUGACAUCAAAAAAGAAUCAAGAAUGGCUUAUAAUAUAUGUCAUUUUGCAAUUGGAUCCAUUAGUUGUAAAUAAAAAUACUAACUCAUCAAAAUUUUUAAGUAUAAAAGCAUCAGUAUAUGAUAAAAUUAAAGCAGAUUUUAAUACAUCAAAAAGAGAUAGAUGUGUUCAGCUUCUAUUAGGAGAAGUAGAUGAAACAGAAUCAUGGCAAGAUUUGAUAGUAAAGAUGAAAGAAGGAAUUCUUUCGAGUUUUAAUGCCAGAAUAAUUCAAUAUAAAGAAGAUAUAAAAAAAAUGGAUUCCCAAAAAACUUUUCCAGGAUGGAAUUAUUGUACUUUUUUUAUCUUAAAAGAAGGACUAGCUCAAUCUUAUGAACAAAUGACAUUGAUUGAAGAUUCGUUAGCUCAAUAUGAUGAAUUAGAAUCUUUAUUUUAUCAAACAAUAAGAGACAAUCAAUUAGCUUGUUUUGAAAACAUUGGAGGAGCACAUUCAAAUGAUGACUCAGAGUCUAUAUUGGAUACUUCUAAAAAACCAUAUCGUAUGUUUAUAUUACAAAAUACUAUAUCUCUUUUCGACUUUAGAAUUUAUUUAUUUGCUCGCCAAUGUCAAUUGCUUCGGCAAUUAGGGGAGUAUACUGAUAUUCUUCAAAGAGGAAGAAAUUUUAUAACUACAAUGGAAGUAAUAUUACGAAAAAAUGAAGAAACAUUAGUUCCUUGGUUUAUUGAAAGUUGGAUCUGGAGUAGUGUUCACAAUCUUGUGAAUAUUACAGAAGAAAUAUCCAGAGAUAAAAGACUUUCCGCACUUAGGGGCGAGCUUUUAUUUUUAGCUAGGUUACAGCUUGAUAAAAUUGGUGCAGCAUUUGGACAUAUACCAAACAAUCUAUUAUUUCCUGACAAAUUCGUUAUGGUUUCUGAAAAUGAUACAAGAAUACAUUUAGAAGAAAGCGAACAUAUCACAAAUAUGCAACUUAUUCGAAUGAUAGAUUCAAAAGAAGAAUUUUUAAAAGAAUAUCAGACUUUGAAUAAUUAUAUAUUAAUGGAAUUUCAACAAGGAGAUAAACCAAAUUCAUUAAAAAGAAUUUUGGGUGAUAUAGCAGCAUUUCAACAUUAUUUAAAACAAUAUAAAAAAGCAGCUGAUAUUUUGAAAAAUAUACCAGAGUUUUAUUCGAAAAAUGGCUGGGAAAAAAUUGAAUGUUCUAUGAUGCAGACCUAUGCUUCUUGCACAUUUGAGAUUGGAGAUAUCGAAAAAUAUAUGAAAUCGUGUUUGUCAUUAUUAACAUUUGAAAAAUAUUUAUCACAAGAUAGAACAUUAUUUUAUAUUAAAGAAAUAGAAAAAUAUUCAAAGGUUCUUGGAAAUGAUAUUUUAUAUCCUUUAGAAAAUUAUUUCUCUGUUCAAUUAGAUGAAUUUAUUAAUCAAUUCGAAAAUAAAGACAGCUAUUUUUUUGAAUUAAUAUUGAUAAACAAAAUUUCUCAAGAUAUUUCUAUACAAAGUGCAGGUGUAAAAAUGCAUAAAGAAAGUGAUAGUCAAGAAUUAUAUUUUAUUAAGGAAAAUAUUGUUAUAAAACAUGGUAAAAAUGUGAUUAAUUUAAUAUCAAAUAUAACUAGCCUUGGGAAUUAUAUAAUAGAAACCAUUGAAAUAAAAAUUGGAAAAAUUUGUCUUGUAAAAAAUUUCCUAUAUUCAGGAAAAAAAUUCCGUGUAGCUUUAUUUCCACGAAUAGGCUCUCUUGAUGUUAAAGUUAUGCUGCCGUCCGAUAUAUUACUUAACAAACAAAGAAUAUCUAUAGAAAUAGAUCCUGGAAAAAACAAUGUUAUAUCAGGCUAUUUAGAUAUUAAAUUUAGUAUUCCAAAUCUUAAAAUUCAUACUUCUGAAAUAAAAGCAUAUCUUUUUAAUAAAAAUAAUCAUAUUUUAGAAGACACUAAACAGUCGGAAGAAGCAGUUCCAUAUGAAUUAGAAAAAAUUACUGAAAACAAUAUACUUCCAUUUGGGAAUAUUAGCUCGAAUCAAAUAUUAUCUCUUACAAUUCCAUAUUUUUCCGAUAAUGAAAUUUUGGAAAUUAAGGCAAAAAUAUCAGUAACAUAUUUUGUAUCAACUAAUGAAUCAUAUAUUUAUAUAUCCAAUUUUACCAUACUGACUACUUUGCCAUUGACUGUUGAUGUACAAAAUUAUUUCAAAAAGCAAUGUAUUUUUUCUCAAUUUCUUAUUUCUUUUAAUAUUUCAUCUUUGCGAAUUAUUAGUACAAAACUAGAGGAAUUAGAUGAUUUCUUUGUUUCUCCAAGUGAAAUUUCAAAUAAAACAUUAAUUCUUCCUUCUCAGUCAGCAUCUUUUAUAUUUAAGAUUGUUAAAAAAAAUAAUUUUUAUUCUGAUCAACCUUUAACUUUUAAUAUAACCUAUCAUACAUUAGAAGAGGAAAUAUUUUAUAUUGCCUCAAAUAUGUUUUUUCACGAAUUAGAAAUUAAUAAUCUAUGCAAAUAUUAUUCAUAUAUAAUCCAUAUUUUUAAGAAAUUUCAACAAUCUAAAAUUAAUCAUGAUGAGUAUGGCUUAAAACAAAUUGUUUUUACAGAAGAUCAUAUUAGUUAUUGGGAAGAUGAAUUAAUUCUUAUUAAUUCUAAUGAUAGGGACAAAAUAAUAAAGAUAGUGCAGAAAAUUAUGCAUAGAUUCGAAAAUUUUUCUGUUGAUAUGGAAUUAUUGAAUUGUCCUGGGAAAAAGGCUAAAAUUCAUAUUAAAAUACCUACUAUUCAUGUGUUACAUUCAGUAGAUUUUAUAAUUAAGUCGGAUAAAAAUAUAAAUAAUAAUAUUUAUUCAAUUCUGAAAAUGACAGUUGGUGAGCCUUUAUAUGCAGAACUUAGAAUACAACAAACAUUGGGAUAUAAAAUAGACAAAGAUUUGCUUGAAAAAUCAGAAUUUUUUUACGAAAUACAUAUCGACAAUAACACGUGGUUAUUAUCUGGAUACAAAAAGGCUGGUUUCUUUGUCAAGGAUGAUUGCUUACAAGUAUUUUCUAUUGUAUUAAUACCUUUAAAAUCUGGAUAUAUCAUGUUACCAACUAUUGACAUCACAACAGCAGCAACCUCUAUUAAUUUCGAGGUUGAUUAUAAUUAUGAUAUGAAACAUAUUCUUGUUUUACCUGCAGAAUCAUCUGUAACUUUUCAUCUUGGGUCACUUCAGCAUUCCGAAUCCUUAAAUACUAAAAAUCCUAUAAAGUAUACCUAACAAUAUGGUUAAAAGAUAUAAAUAACAAAUAAAGAUAAGA